CGAGCACUGUCCAACACUGGACACCCCGUUUAAGUUAGUACAAAAGCAGUGGGUGGAAUCAAAAACUAGUCGCCCUGCGCCCCUAUUGUUUACCCUAUUUUUGCUGUUUUAAACAACUCAAUUCAACCGCAAUGCUCGACAACCUCGUGGAGUUCGCCAGCUACUGGUGGUUCCGAUACCUCAUGGUCACCGAGCUGUACAUGGUGGAGAAGUGGGAGCGCAUAACGAUACACGUUAUUUUCAUGGUGCUUUUCUGCGUGUUCUGGUACUUCAACUACUCUGUACUGCUCUCGCUGGCCGGAUUAAUAGGCCCCAGUGCCUCAAUGGCCGAUAUUAUACCCGGGGUUCAAGGACAGGGCAUCAAGGUCACGUAAAAGACCCCCCACCACCCACCUGUGCGUGCUGCUAUCCGUUCCAAAUAUCCAAAAUAUCCGCGUAUCUGUACCUCGCCGCGAAGCUUUAUCUAAUCCGCACGCGUUUUAUACACCGCAAUCAAUGAAUGGAACGAAAACUGAGGCGACACAUGUCCCAAGGGGCGAUCUAAUCGCCUGCCGAUCCGAAUCUGAAGUGGGCAACACACGGCAGCUGUCCCAUCAAUAGCUGCCUCACCGUUUAAUGUAGUUUUCUCUAGAUGUAGUUACACGUUUAAAGUCAGUUAAUAAAUCUAACGCUUACACAA